GGUGCUGGGGCGUUGUGACCUGGAGGAAAAGGAGGGACAUAAACCAGCUGGUGCGUCAUUCUGGCUUGACUGCAGACACGACGAGAGGCAAAAGGUAGUCCUAUCUGAUGAGAAUUGGUCCACUGCACUAGCGUAAUUAUUUCACAGGCAUGAGACUGCGAGAGAUAUGGCUGACCAGCGCUUUAUGUAUCGCUAUUGGCAGGGGCCAGGGACCAACAGGACCGACUGGGCCCACAGGUCCGGACGGACUGGAUGGACUUGACGGCAUAGGUGGGUUGCCGGGGCCAGCGGGGCCUACUGGAGCCACGGGUCCUGCAGGGUUAACGGGAAUGAAGGGGGCCAUUGGUGCAUCAGGAGUGGACGGUAGAGACGGAAAUCCGGGUCCCCAAGGACCUCCUGGCCCAAAAGGUGACGUUGGUAUGAAGGGAGCGGUUGGUGUAACAGGACCGACUGGCUUGAAUGGACUUCCUGGAUUGGAUGGAGUAGACGGGGUUCCUGGCACACCCGGAGUGAAUGGGACGGCUGGAGCAACGGGAGCUACAGGUCCGCAAGGUUUAAAAGGAGACACGGGGGUUAUGGGGCCCCCUGGUAACACGGGUCAGACGGGUUCUGUAGGACCCACGGGGCCCACUGGGCCGACAGGAGAGAAGGGGGAUUCUGGUGAGAGUAUUGUAGGACCAACCGGACCAACAGGCUCUGUUACUAACAUAAACGAGUGUGCGGCAGAUAACGGUGCCUGUGGACAAGUAUGUAUAGAUACGGCAGAUGGCCAUUACUGCUCCUGUCGCCCUGGAUACAGACUGGUGCCGCAAAUUUCCGAUUGCCUGGAAUACGUAGACUGCACAUACACUGAAAUACCAGCCACCCAGCUCCUUGGUCACAGCAAGAUAUCAAGAGGAAUAGCAUCAGCAGAAGCCUGCCAAGCUUUGUGUGACGCAGAAAAUACGUUUGUCUGUCAGUCUGUUCAAUUUGUUUUAACAACCUUUGAUUCCUUCUCGUCUGGUGACUGUGUGCUCUCCACGUCUACAAUACGCACGACAGUCCAAGAGAAUGUAAUUAGCAAUGACAAUGUUACUCUUUUCGAGCGAUCGUGUUAUACGAACGUAACGGACACGUCUUCUUUUCGCUGUGUGGGCACAAGUGCACAUGGCGGCGAACCAAUCUGCGUGUGCAAGGCGCUCCAAGGUGUUAACGAACUUUUAAAUGGAACCGAAUGCACAAACGUAAACGAAUGUUUUGAGCGCAAUGGCGGAUGUGAUCAAUUCUGUAUAGACACAGCGGGUAGCUAUCGUUGUGAGUGCGAGUCAGGCUACAAUCUGGCAGACAACGGACAAACAUGCACAGAUGUCGACGAGUGUGAAUCUGCAGAAUCACCAUGUAAUGAUGAUGAAACCUGUAUAAAUACUUUUGGAAGCUACGCCUGCCUGUCCACCAACUCUUCCUCACCCAAAAAAAGCAAACACAGGCAUCCCAGACCUCCACACACUCCUCGACCAGGGCAUCCCAGCCCUCCCCGCACUCCUCGACCAGGGCACCCCACACCUCCCCGCACUCCUCGACCAGGGCACCCCACCCCUCCCCGCACUCCACGACCAGGGCACCCCAGCCCUCCCCGCACUCCUCGACCAGGGCACCCCACCCCUCCCCGCACUCCUCGACCAGGGCACCCCACCCCUCCCCAUACUCCACGACCAGGGCAUCACAGCAUACCCCAUACUCCUCGACCAGGGUCCAAGGGGCAUCACAAAACUCCUCGACUAGGGCCUGGCAGACAUCCCCAUAUUCAAGAUUCAUUUGCUAACAGCAGUGAUAGCAGUAAUUCUUCAUUAGCGUCCCCUGGAUCUCCACAUUCUCAUGGGCCAAAGGCUGCUGGAUCUCCCCAUUCACAUGAACCAGGGCCUACUAGGUCUCCCUAUUCACAUGGACCAGGGCCUGCCAGAUCUCCCCAUUCAGAUGGACCGGGGCCCACCAGAUCUCCCCAUUCAGAGGCAUCAAAGUCUCCAAAAUCUCCCCAGCCUCAUGGAGACAGGUCUCUGGGGUCUCAUGAUGACUAUGUAUCAGGGUCAGGUGGGCCAGGUGCACACCAAAGUCUGCAUGGCAAUAACACAGACCAGAGAGCACAGCCAACACUGGUGGUAUCAGAAUUGGAGAAUAUCCACCAAAUGUACAGUGGUCUGCUGGGUUGGGUGACUGUCUUAUCAUUUACUGUGGUGAUGAUGAUAUGUAUGAACUUACUUUUCUGGAGAAAAAUGACACAGUUGAAAAGCAUUCUUGAUGAUUCUACUUUAUCCAAGACGUGAUAUCUUCAGUUUUAGUUUUAAAUUGAU